AGGCCAAAUUAAUUUUUAUUUGUUAAAAUUAUUCCCAAAAAAAAGAGGUUCUUGGGAACUCGGGGAUGCUGUUUAAAACCGCCGGCAAUGGCGGCCAUGGUAGGGCGACGCCCUUUAGCUUCCCUUGACACUGGCCUCCCCUGCUACCAAACCUAGCCCUAACGUUGACCCUAACCCUAGAAGGAGGUUCCGAUCGGCUUCAGAGGUCGGGCAUGGAGGCCGCGCAGGCGCGAGAGGCAUUCCCGCCGCCGGUCAUCGGGAGAGCCGGGAGCUACACGGUCUUCCUGACCCCUCUGGCGACGCCAAAGCCCUCCGAGGCCCCGAGAUACCCAGUCCCCAACCCUGGGUCUGAUCCUAGCUCCAGCCCUCGAAAGGCCGCUCCUUUGCCUCCCAAGUCUCCUCCCUCCCCUCCUCCUCUUCCUCCUCCUCCCGUUCAGGUUCCACCGCUGAAUUUCGAGAAGCCGCGUACCCGAUCGUCGGGCUCCGCGUUCGGGUCCUUCUGGAACGCGGUCGCCAAAGUCCAAGAUGUGCAUUCGAGCUUGGAUGAGUGCUUGGCAAAUUGGUUGGGGCUGGACCAAUCGAAGUAUCAGUGGGCUUUGAACAAUUACUACGAGAACAAAGGAGUGGUGAAGGAAAGUGGCAAAGCAAAAGGACUUGUUAACAAACACCAAGUUGUGUGAUUUGUUGUGUUACUUCAACAUUAUGCAGUUCUUAUGGCUUCAUAUCUAAUACCCUAUGAUGAAAAUUCCAUCUGAAUAAUUUUAUGCAAAAGCAUGCGGAGAGAGUACUAUUCCAUUGAAAAGCUGGGUCUCAUGUUUUUGCUUCAGAUGCCAUUCUGUCUUUGUUAAUUAUGGUGUGGCUUCUAAAUCAUGGAGUCUAUUUCUAUUUAAAAUGUUAUCAUCUGUAGAGCAAUUUGUUCAUAUCAUCUAUGAGCAAUGAAUUAGAGGUCAGAGUUUUGUUUUUGACCUUGCUAUGAUCUUCAAAUUGGAAAAUUGACAAACAUGCAUUCUCUUAUGCCCAGAGUUAUGGUUACUG